CUUUAAAUUUACCCAGGAGCCCCUUAAGGAGCCCCAGGGGCCCCUAGUCCGGCUCCCCACCCCGAAGACAAGCAAGAGCCUUAAAAUACAUGACUGGAGGCCCGGGCGGGGUUUUUUUUUUUUGGGACACGAAACAGGACGCUUUUUAACGGCUCGUGUGUGUUUUUCGGGAUCCAUGUUGUUGGUGUGAAUUGCUGAAAAGUUAACUUGGAUGCCCAACACGCACGUCGUACUACACACACAUCGUUAGUGCUGCUGUGCGAUGCCAGAUGCGUGUCGCCAACACGUCCGUGUGCGAGUGACAUGUCCCACUCCGACGAGGAGGACGGCGAGCGGCCCAGGCGUCAAACCGCGGCCGGGCCGGUGAUGGAAGACACGGCGCCCGGGGACAGCGAGCCUGUGGACCUCCGCCGUGGCGAACAGGCUAAGCUGCUCUCAUUAAUAAUAAUCAGCGGGGAGGAGGAAGAAACGACCCACGCACACAGUGACCUGGGAGAGGAAGACACUUUUGCUAAUGGUCACGCUGAUGAAGAGACAGAGGCAGGCACCAGCUACUGGAGCAUCACUGAAGAUCCCAACCAGCCUCUCCUCCUCUCCCCGAACCCCCGGCCUUCAAGGCGCAAAGCCAGGGUGCGGCGCGCCUCAAGGCCAGGUAUGAGCCGCAUCCCGGGCCGUGACCACCGCCGCUACUACCACGAGUAUUGGCGCAGUGAGUACCUGAUGGACUUUGACCCCGAGCGGCACGGGAUGAUCUGCAUGGUGUGCGGCAGCUCGCUGGCCACCCUGAAGCUCAGCACCAUCAAGAGGCACAUCAGGCAGAAGCACCCGGACUCGCUGCUGUGGAGUGCCGCCGACAAGGAGGUGAUCCGCUCAGGGUGGGAGAGCCACCUGAACCUCGGGGGAAGUCAGAACUCAUACGGAGCCUCGCCUCAGAGAGAUGACGACUCGCUUGACUCGAGCCAUCAUGCUGCGGAGGCUGCACAUGCUCUAGCUUCUGAGCAGCAGCAGCAGCAGCAGCAGCAGCAAGUACUCGCUCUCAGCCCCUCUCCACAUUUUGAGGCAGCGGAAACUCAGAACGCAGCGAUGAAAAUGGAGCAGGACGUAGCCGGGCCUUCCACACGCACCCUGGAACUGUACCUGAACGCCUCGCUGCACUCCUGGUUCCGGCAAGAGUUCCUGAUGGAGUAUGAGGCAGAGCCCGGUAGACUGCUGUGCAUGGUGUGCGGAGCCCAGCUGCCCUCGCUUCACCUGGACAUCAUCAAGAGUCACGUGUUGGACACCCACCCCGACUCGCUGGUCUACAGCUCGGAGGAGAAGCACUGCAUCUUGCAGGCCUGGGCUCAGACACACAAUGAGCGUGAAAUCUCAAUCAAAUCUGAGGCAAACACCAAAGACGACAACUUUGAGUCCAAUCACACCAACUCUGACUUGAGCCAGGAAGUGGACGGCUCACUGUCUCAAGAUGCUUGUCUCAUCCGCGAAGAUGGCGGGGUGGAAACUCCGUCGGGACUGCAGCCCCUGCACCAGCCCAGGAGGCGUCGUCUGUGCGGGGGCAACCCUUGGCGGCUCCGCCUUGACUACCUAAUAGCGUACGGGCCCCAGGGCCGCGGGACCUACUGCAUGGUGUGCUCUCAGGUUCUGAAUGAGACCAAGGUCAGCAGUUUCAGACAGCACAUCCAGGAAUGUCAUCCGGAAACCACCGACCUAAGUCGACAAGAAAGAGAAGCAAUGGCGGCAGCCUGGACCAAAGACUAUUCUACUGACCACACCACAGCACAAGACGAAGUGAGCUCAAGUGAGGCCGCUGUCCUAAAUACCACAGGAGGCCCGAAUGAGGACGACUCCCCUGACAUGAAAGUAUGCAGCCAAGCGACGACGGAGGAUGAUGAUGAUGAGAGCGCAGCAAAGGACAAAGCCACAACCUCUCGUCACAGCCACUACCCAGGGAAGGACCAGCGGCGGAAUUAUCAGGCGCGCUGGCGCUCAGACUUCCUGAUGGACUAUGACUGCCAGAGACACGGACUCAUAUGCAUGGUGUGUGGAGCCACGUUGGCUACGCUGAAGGUAAGCACCAUCAAGAGGCACAUCCAGCAGGUGCACGCCCACUCCCUCUGUUACAGCGCCGAGGACAAACAGCAUGCCAUGCUGACCUAUGACCAGAACUCCAUGCACUUCAUUCACUCGGAUGACUGUUUCUUGUCCCAAGACCACGCCCGCGCCGACAUAGGGACCUCCCCUGCCCAUGUUGACACAUAGAAAAGACUUCGAACUGGUCACAUUAUGACGGACUCUAGUGCAUGCACACAUUGCAACAAAGAGUCAUUUUGACAUCAAGAUGCUGAAGGCUGCAAAAUACAGUCAGUUGAGCUCUGCUUUGUCAAGGUGCGUUCACACUUGUAGUCUCGUGCUCUGGUCCGGAACGAAAAUGUAAAAAAAAAAAAAAAAAAAAAAAGUCCAAUGGUGCUUACUUUAAUAUGCUAUGGUUUGGCAUUGAUUGUUGUCAUCAAACCAAAUAAUGGUCUCUGUUAAACAUAUGCAAAAAAACAAAAGUCACGCCUCGAUUGGACUUGGAGAUGGCAUUUCUGAAAACAUUGCCAAACUGUAACGGGCAACACCCAGUUUUAGUACUUAUUUAUUUAAACCGGACCAAAAAAGACAGGUGUGAACGCACACUAAGACGCCAGCUCGGUCAGACUGGAUUUGGUCCGCAUGCUGCUGGCCUCACCAAACUUGCAGCAUCAUCUAAAGUGACCCAGGCUGUCCACUUUUUUUUUUUAAUGGAAAAAGUGUAGUUGUAGUAUUGACCACUUACCUGUCGUGGAAUCCUCCCAAGGAAGCGAUCUGAGGUAUUUGUUUAUGAUCUUCAACUCUCAGGACGUCGGAAGAAAAAAAUGUAUGAGAAUCAGCACUUUUUACCCACAAAUGUAUGGACCAUCUCUUCUGUGCGGCCACCUGAAUGAACUACGUGAACUAGUGUUGCUUAAGACAAUGAAUUCCAGCAGGACUUUGCAUCUAUUUAAUACAUUGUUUACAUCAGCACUUGUAAUACUAGAGUUCUCUCCGCUGGCCUCCAUCAUCCAACCAUCUUGGCCUAAAGCUGCACAAAACGUGGUGUAAACGUAAGAAAUAUUAACAUUUCUUUUACUUUUGUAAGACCACACAUGCAAGCGCAACAAACUCUUGACACCCAAUUUUCAAAUGAACAAAUGCAACUGAAGUAUACACAGAAAUUAGAAAGAAAACUCACUUCCUGACCCGGAAAAUAUCUCAGGGAUUCUGUCAUUGUUCCCAAAGUGUUUUUAGGAAGCAGGAAUACGGAACAAAAAUGACAUUACAGGUGGUCCUUGGUUUGCGACGUUUCGUAGCGGCAACACACUCCCAUGAAUUACUUUCAAAACAUGGUUUCGACACAAGCAGUUUUGGUUUGAGGAGGCGUUUCAUUCAUAAGGUGGAGGAAUUGUGCAUAUAGCUGCACUCCCUCGCCCACCUUUCGCCCUUCUUCAUGGCUCUCACUUCAGCGUAAGGCAGAUUCUCCCGCUGAAGAAAAGGAAAACCACCAACACCAUUUAAAAAAAUGCAAUAAAAGGGGAGAAAUGCCAACAGGGGCCACAUGGCCGGUCAAGCCGCCACAACCAUCAUCAAGGAUAAAGAUAGUAUCCUUCAACGUGAGAAGAAUUUGCGCCUAAUGAAAUCCAGUGAUAUGUUUUUUAAUUAUUACAAUUUCAUUUAAUCCUUAUAUUUAAUAUUUUAAUUACUGUAUAUUAUAUUUCCUUCUUAUACUCUGUGUUGUGAUAGUGACGUCAUCUGACGUCAACAUAAUGAAUUUGUAACGUGUCGUGUCAACGGGACUCGCUUGUGAACCGAGGACCUCCUGUAUUUGAGCCACUGCUUGGAAAUAUUUUAGUACUAUGCCGGAGAAAAAAGAAUAGAUCGGUAAUAGCUUACCGAUUGGAAGUCGCCAAACUACAAACAUUCAAGUGAAUUGUUACAAUUUAUAAGUUAAUAUUUGAAAUGAAGUAGUAAUUUAUUUGAUUUUGUCCGUCCCAGAGUGUGACUUGCGUUAAAGUGGCACUGAAUUUUGUUCUAUGUAAAUGAUUGAGAGAGGAAUGCUAAAUUGAGUGUAACAAGAAGUGACCAGCAAAUAUUGUGAUUCACACAAGUCCUCUUUCCAACUCUAUUGGUACACUUCAAUUAAACAAAGUGCAUUGCUUCACUCCCAAGAGUUUUAACACAGCACUUAAAUGAUUUCAAACAAAUUGUUGACUUGUUGCAUCUUCGUGUUUUUGUGACGUCAACUUGCCUGUCAUCUGUACGUGGCCUCAAUGGGAGAAGGUCAUCUCAGCCUUUCAAUAAAUACGUAUUAUACUCA